UGCUGGGGAUGUCAGGGUCAUGGCCAGGCUUUUUGAGGAUGGUUGUGACAGAGCGAGUUUGAGGGCUUGGGGAACAGAGCAAGUAGACGGGGAGGAGUUGGUUAUAGAGAGGAUGAGCGAGCGGAAAGUAGGGAGACAAACUAUGACUCAUGUAGUGGGGAUAUUUUCCAGGGAGCAGGUCGGAUUCUUAAUGCCAUUAAGCGAUUUAUUAAGUUCUGAGGGGGUGAUAGGGGAGAAUUGGGAGAGUGAGCGGUCGGUUUUGUGGGAGACUGAUUCAUGUUGGGAUGGAGGGGGCUGUUAGUGGCUAGUUGUUUGUAGACGGUCUCAAUCUUUGAUUGAUAAAAUGAGAGAAAGGAGUUGCUUUUAUCAGAGAGUGAGAUAUUGUACAUGGGUUUGAGAAGUUUGUUUAUUGUGGACAAGAGCACCUUGGGGUUAGCAGAACUGGAGUGGGAGAGGAGUAGGUGAAGCGUGCUGUGUUUAGAGCGUCUUUGUACUUUGUGUGAUUGUAAGCUUUGUAUGCCAGGGUGUGUACUGUGAGGCCGGUCUUAUUGCAAAACCGCUCUAGUUGAAGUUGGAAUUUGAUGUGUCUGCUGAAGUUGAAGCAGCUGAAUAUGUCUAGAAAUUCUUUGGCUAAUUUCAGUCUGUGGAGUCGAUAUAAAUGUUGAAGUCGCCCAGUAGCAGGAUGGAGGGUGAGAUGGAGCAGAGCUUGGUGAGAAGUUCAGAUAAGUUGGAGAGAAAGGACGGGUUGGAUUUUGGGGGGGCAGUAGAGCGGACAGCAGUGGGAAGGGUCAGCACGAGGAAGACCCCUGAGCAUGUGGUGACAGCCUCCCGGGGCAUCCAACAGCAGUUCUUCCCCUUUGUGGAUUGACAGGCUGUCUGACCUAAGCUGGCCACUGAUGGAGUUGAUGCGGCGGUGACAGGAGGAGCCCUGGAGGAGCUGCAAGACACCUGACUAGCGCUGGCAGCAGGUGGAAGGGAUGCAGCAGCGAUGGGAGAAGCCAUAGGAGCCGGGACUGGGUUGGCAUCGCCAGGAUGGACAUGCUCGUCUGUCAGAAUCGAGAAGCAGUAUAUAGAGAGGGUUAAAGAAACGAUCUCCCUUUCGGGACACGGCCAUUAUAACUGAAUUUAGUCCAGGCAUAACUCUUGGUUUGGUAAAAGAGUAAUAUUAAAAAUGGAUUUUAUGUUAUUCUCGGACACAGGUUCUCGCUAUUCCGUGCACCAGCAGAAGACAAGUCCUUAAAAUAACUUUGAAAUUCACGUCAGAUGACAAAAAUCCUUUAUCCAGUUAAAAUGUAUAGUUAAAAAGACCAGAAUCUAAAAGUGAUUUAUAAAGAUGUGGCCUAAAACUGGAUAAAAAGUAAGAUCGUGUCAGAGCACCCUGACAGGUGGACAAAACGGCGAGUAUAAAGACUGUCUUUUCCCGGUUUUCUUGGCGUAUGCUUCUGCCUCCCGCUUUGCCCCGACUGGACCCAUGGUUUGACAGAAAACCCACCAGCUCUCAGACUUUCCAUCACUUCCUUUGUGCUCUUGUCUCACAUUUUUUAGGUCAUUGUGGGAUGUCAAAAUGUCUUCCACCAGGAAUCUACACUCUUCCUUAUAGUGGGGAUGGAUAGUAAUUUAAUAGUCUCUCGCAUAGCCACAUGUGCUAUGCACCCUGCAGUUUCCGCAGCGACAUCCUCCAUACUUCGGUUCAGUGGCUGCUCAAAUACUGUCCCAUUUCCACCAUUCCAGAAACUCUCUGCCAGCAACUGUGCUCUGGGUCUCAGUUUGAAUCGUGCCUCGAUGAUCUCUUCAUACUUCGCAGCAGCUUUUCUCAUGGAGCGAGCAAAGUGUGUUUCAGACUUAUGUGCUGCCAUGUCCAGUUCCUCAAAGAGAUCUGAAAGAGCGCCACCUACAGUUUUCCCCAGGGGGCUCUCCACAGAACAAGGUCCUCGACGACCUUCACUCAUUGCCUUGAAAGAAAGCAAAGAUGAGGGUUUCCAAUAGUCAUCUGCAGCAGCUCGCCAUCUUCACCACUGUGCUGACUGGUGGAGGGGUUGGCACCAUGUACUAUCUACUACAGCAGAAGUUCACUGGGUCAGACUGGCACAGAAUGUCUAUGCAGAAGUUGGAAGCAUGUCCUGCAGCCAUGGAAAGUCUAGGUGUCCCACCUUUAAAAGUCUACAACAUCCAUCUGACUGACAGACAAAACCGUGUAGAUCAGGACACUGCUCAGAUAAAGAUCCAUGUAGCUGGGUCAAAAACUGGCGGUUGUCUUUAUACUUCUUCAGUUAGAGACUGUAAUACCAACACCUGGAGUCUGGAGCAGGCAGUACUGAAUCUCCGAGGAGGACAGACCAUCAACCUGCUGAGUCCUCCUUCAGCAGAUGCCGCUCCACAAGACCAGGCAGCAGGGCAGACGAGGGGACUAGAGACAGGUCAAUGGAGCUGAAUGCUGUAGUUGGAGGUGUUCUGCUCCAGGAGGUGCUGAAUAGAAGUCUAACUAUCCACUAUCAGCUCCACCAUCAUUUGUGAAAAGCCAACAGUUUGUUUUGAUGCACAGCUCAGUGAGUGUCAUUGUGCUUCUCCCUGGCUUCUCCGGUUGUUGUAUUCUGUUUUAAAUAAAUAAUGUGACUCAAACAUA